AUGCCUAAUACUGGACAGUUAUUUGGACAGAGCUGGAAGUGCGAAAAAUGCCGAAAGGACUUCAAGGCCGUCUGGUUGCCAACCAACGUUUGUUGUCGAAUCUCUUCAUGGGAUCAGCAGCCUGGUAUUCUCACACAAGCUCCUUACUCGCGGCAUGUUUCUGACGCCCUGAAAGAGGCAGCUUCGAAAUCGUUCGCCAGUUCAACCACCGAGUACUCGACAAAGUCCAGGAACGGACGACACACGCAAAAAAUACCUGGUAUUCCAGUUCAAAGUCUAGCCGUGCCCUGGAUGAGACAUGUAAACAGGUUAGCGCCUUUCAGCACCAGUGGCAAAAGCACGUGCGGAUAUUACUUUUCAAGAGAUACCGAUAACAACAAGCGAAAAACAGGGAUUCCUCCAUCAGAUCUGGUGGCAUGGCGAUCUAACAUCUCUUAACGUGAGUGAAGUGAAAUUAGCGCGGACUAAGUAAUCUUACGUCGUUACAAAAGUUUUAAACGGAAAACGAAAGGGGAAGAUGCUUCAAAGGUCUCCGCGAAUCACAAGCCAAGAAUGUUCCCUUAAUCUAAGUUUCUGUUUGUGAGUUGUCUUUGGCAAU